AUGUUAUUACCGAACCUCCCUUCAAACAGCGUUGUAGUGAUGGACAAUGCCCCCUAUCAUAGCGUGCAAGAAAAUAAGGUGCCCACAAAAUCUAGUACAAAACAAGUUAUGUUAGAUUGGCUAACCAAAAAUAAAGUACAGGCCAGUUUCAGUAUGAGGAAAGUUGAAUUAUAUGAUUUAAUUCAGCAAAACAGGACUCCAGAAAAAACAUUUAAAAUGGACGAACUCAUAAAAGGCCAUGGUCACGAUGUACUGCGAUUACCGCCUUAUAUGUGCGACUUGAACCCAAUAGAGCUCGCAUGGGCAAAAGUUAAAAGGCUCGUGAGGGAACAUAACAUUACUUCUGAUUUUUCUCUGGUGAGACUGAAGGAGGUUACCGAAAAUGCUAUCACGCAAGUCACAACAGCAGAUUGGUGUGGAUAUGAUAAACAUGUCUUAGCAUUAGAGGAACAUUACUGGAAAAAGGAUGGCUUAAUGGAGGAUGUUGUCGACUCAUUUAUUAUUGAAGUACGUGAGGAGAGUGACGAUAGUACAUCAAAUUCUUCAAGUACUGAUAAUUCUGAUUUCGACAGUGAUUAA